AUGUCUACAAUUGCAUCUGUCCGACGGAGGGAGAAUCGUCGCUCUCAGCGUCUUCUUCACGAUAAAAGCCCAGAUCGAGGAGAAGAUGAAGCUAAAGUCCAGAAAAAUGCUGUGAAACAAGACAAUAACAGGUUUCUGUGGUCGAAUAUUGGAGGAAAGUUGUUUUAUACUAAUUCUAAGUUAGAUGAAGGUUACCUCUUCAGCUUUUCAACCAUCUUAAAGGUAUAGCUUUAACAAUUAAUUUUUAUAAAUAAUUUAGUUGCUGUUCUCACUGCGCGUUGGAAGUUCUUUUUGGAGCAUUAUUCUUGAUUGUGACGAGGUAUACAAUUUUUGGGAAGGAUUACACUUGCUGUUGUUUGGCAGAGGUUUUCAAACAUGGGAAUAUUCUCCAGAAUACGGAAUAAGGUUAAAAGUUUAAAACUUUAGAGUUUGAUGUGACGCAACAUCUAAUACAAUAAUUUUAGGUCAUGGGCCUACAUUUAUUUGCAUUACUUGAUGUCCUACCCUUUCCUGAGUGCGGUUACGAUGUCAAAAGUUAUGUUGUUCCACAUUAUCCGUAUCCUUAUCGCUGUUGUUUGUAUGAUCGCCGACUUAUGUCUCUAUAAGAGUGUGUGUAAUCGACUUGGGAACUCGAUCGGAUCUUACUAUGUAAUCCUGUCCAUGUUAUCGGUGGCAAUGUUCAAUGCAAGCCCGGCAUUUCUCCCAUCUUCAUUCUCGAUGUCUAUGAAUGCCUUCGCUAUGGCCGCGUAUCUUCAGGAAUGUUGGUUUGCGGCCAUAUUCUUCACUGCCUUAAGUGCUCUUAUCGGAUGGCCCUUUGCGGCGAUUCUAGGGCUGCCCAUUGUACUGGAGAUGCUAUUCAUCCGAAGAAGAGAUCUUAUCUGGAAGUUCUUGUUGUACUCUCUAAUCAGUGGCUUACUGAUCUUCAUCCCUAUGUAUGUGAUUGACAGUUAUUACUAUGGAAAACCUGUCAUUGUAAGCUUGUCUACGCACUUAUUAUUUUUUUAGGCUCCGUUAAAUAUUAUGUUAUACAACGUCUUCUCCGGUCAUGGACCUGACCUCUAUGGCACGGAACCAGUUAGUUUUUAUCUUAAGAAUUUGUUUUUGAAUUGGAAUGUCGGAUUGGUUCCCAUACUUCUCUCAUUGCCGGCAGCAUUAUUUGUCUACGUGUUUAAACACAAUAAGGACACCAGAGCUGGUAAGUCAACAGCUUUUAAAUUUUUGGUGACAGUACCUCAAGUGCGACACUCAGAUUUCGAUGAAAGUUGGCACAAAUUUAGAACAGUUUUUUCUAAAAUAUAUGCGAGAAUUCUGGAUCGCGCUUUGCAGAGACAACCGAGAUUUUUAGAUCGAAAGUCGGCGAAAGUUUGAGACUUUUUGCCAAAUUUCGGAACGAAAAGUUUCGUACCUAUUUCUACCGUAAAGAAUAAUAUUUAGAUCAAAAAUCCAUUUUUUCCGCACGAAACUUGCAAAGUGGUCAAAAAGUGAUUAAUUAUAUUAACCCUUCUUCAGAUGUUUCCCUUCGAUUCUGGUAUCGUUUUAUCCCAUUCUUUUUUAUUUUCUUGUCAGUUUACUUGUGGAUUACAAUCUUCUUCCUCCAACCGCAUAAGGAAGAACGGUUCCUCUUCCCGAUAUUCCCCCUACUCGCUGUUCUUGGUGCCGUUGGCCUCGAAGCUUUGGCCCAUGUCCAUCAUCGACUGAUAACCGUCUCCAACGUGAUUGUUUUCGGAUUUGUGGUACUCUCCAUAUCUCGCGGGUAUGCAUUGCAUAGGAAUUAUGCGGCCUCAGCAGACAUUUUCAAGUACUUUAACGAUCACUUUGUCAUCAAUCAGGGGCAAAUAGAAUUGGGAAAGUCAAACGUAAGUGUACGGUAUUAAUGUUUUCAUUCUGUUUAGGAUCCUAUCCGCCUGUGUGUAGGCAAAGAAUGGUAUCGAUUCCCGUCUUCGUUUUACCUACCAGAAUAUGUGAUAGGGAAAGGGAAUAAGAAGAAAAAAGUAGUCAUGGAUUUCCUGAAGUCUAAUUUUGAUGGGAUCUUGCCCAAACACUAUAAUGAUGGUCCUUUACCAGAAAUAACGAGAACUUUGCCAUCGGAAAUGAAUGAUUUGAACAGAGAGGAACCAAGUAGAUAUGUUGACAUCAAGAAUUGCGAUUAUGCCAUUGACCUUUUCACUGGAGAGUACUCGGAAAAAGACGCUUUCAACAGCCAAACAGAGGUAGGGAAUGGUUAUGCCGUGAUAUUCGUUGAAUUCCAGAAACAGUUCAAUGUGAUAUACGAAAGGGAAUUUCUGCUUGCCGAGAAGUCUCAUCCGUUAUUUAGGGCCUUCGCCGUUCCCUUUACCUCAUCGUAUCUUGCAUACGGAAAGUAUCGCCUCUACGAACGGCGUCGUUAA